AUGCCUGAGGAUGUGGUCAGCUUCAGUGGGAUCACUGACUCGUUGAUAAAUGGUCAAGAGGCGACAUUUUCAAGUACCAAAAAUUCGGAUGGUCAAUCAGUUGGUGCAGACGCCUCCAGGUACCCUCAUUCGGUGUCGCGCCCCACAAUAGUGCGUGCAACUCCUAAUGCCCUACAACAACUCCCACGUGAUCGAGCCAACUCUGUUGACAACCACGUACUCCGAUCGCUCUUCGCUCCAGGCGGAGAGAGCAGUUCUCGAGGAAUCUCCUCAGCGUCGUCCAUGUCACCACUCCAUCCACUGAUACCAUUACAUACUCCCCAACAUUCCCCAGUGGAACAUGUGUCUCAGGCCACUACGUCCUCAGCCUUGUCUCGAAAUAAUGGUCUUCUUUACAGCCUCCUUGUGUCGGCUGACUCACGACCUCCGUCUUGUCGCCUGAAACAGCCUAUCGCACCAUCUUCCUCUGCCGCAUCUUCUACCUCGGAGCCAAAGAAAUACAAGUUAGAGGACUCAACACAGAGUUUAUCAUCAGGCCUCUCCUCAACAUCCAGUGACUCAGGGCUAGAUGAACCAUUGGACUUGACCCCACGGAAACUACCCACCGAACCGGUGCAAUUGGCCAAAAAGACUGCAAGACCGGUGCAACGAAACGUCUCCGAGUUUCUUCGUUUGGCUGCAGAAUUUGUGUACUCUAGCAAUCUUUUGUCCACUCACUGGUGGGAUGUAUACAAAGCCACUUGGCAUCGUUUGCUCGUACUUUCAAUUGCUGAGUAUGCUGUGGAGGUGGUGGUGGUGGAAUCGCCUCACGCCCUUGAACAUCUGACAGAUGGAGAGCCGCUGUUACCGUGGCUGAACCUUCCUUCUGAUCCUAGUGAACUUGUGCCUACCAGAGAGUUUGCUGAGCGGGUUCUCAACUGCAUCAAUGAGGUGCGGAGGCAAAACCUCUCUACCAAGGAGUACACAAUCCUGCGUAAUGCUGUUCUUUACACUGCUACCCAGCCGUCAAAGUUGGCAGAUGUGGCAGUGAAGACGCUUCAGAGAGAAUUGGAAGCCAAAACAGGCUGCUCCAUGGACAAUGGAACGGCUGGAGUAGCAUUGUAUGCCGUGACAUGUGGUCUCAUUGCUAUGGAGACCCUUCCUAUGGCUCCGAUUGCAGGCCUCUUCUGUGGUCAUUUGAGAGGAGAAGCAAGUAAAGAUAUCUUCUCGGAGGACCUUCGUGCAUCUAUUCAAAACUACCCCAACCCCUCAGGGGAGAGCAUUCUAGUGAGGCUGGUGUGUGAAACUCCUCAGCCGAGGCCAAAGGAGAAUCAAACGACUUCAACCACAUCACGAAUUCUCGCGUCAGGAUUCACCUCAAUUCCUCCACCCACUUGA